AUGAGAUCCGAGAAGUCGCUGUCGCUGGCGGCGCCGGGGGAGGUCCGCGGACCCGAGGGGGAGCAACAGGAUGCGGGAGACUUCCCCGAAGCCGGUGGUGGUGGCGGCGGCGGCGGUGGCUGCUGCAGCAGCGAGCGGCUGGUCAUCAACAUCUCCGGGCUGCGCUUCGAGACGCAGCUGCGCACCCUGUCUCUGUUCCCCGACACCCUCCUGGGGGACCCCGGGCGCCGCGUGCGCUACUUCGACCCCCUGAGGAACGAGUACUUCUUCGAUCGCAACCGGCCCAGCUUCGAUGCCAUCCUGUACUACUACCAGUCCGGGGGUCGCCUGCGCAGACCCGUCAACGUGCCCCUGGACAUCUUUCUGGAAGAGAUCCGUUUCUAUCAGCUCGGGGAGGAGGCCCUGGCGGCCUUCCGGGAAGAUGAAGGUUGCCUGCCCGAAGGUGGAGACGAACAGAAACCGCUCCCUUCCCAGACUUUCCAGCGCCAGGUCUGGCUGCUCUUCGAGUACCCGGAGAGCUCGGGGCCAGCCCGGGGCAUCGCCAUCGUGUCCGUGUUGGUCAUCCUCAUCUCCAUCGUCAUCUUCUGCUUGGAGACCUUGCCCCAGUUCCGUGCGGAUGGUGGGCGAGGCGCGAGCGGAGACGGGAGUGUGAGCCGCGUGUCCCCGGUGUCCAGGGGGAGUCACGAAGAGGAGGAGGAGGAAGAGGACUCCUAUUCAUUUCAUGCUGGCAUCCCCCCUGGGGGCAUGGGGACGGCGGGCUCCUCUUCACUCAGUACCCUUGGGGGCUCCUUCUUCACAGACCCUUUCUUCCUGGUGGAAACUCUAUGCAUCGUCUGGUUCACGUUCGAGCUCCUGGUGCGCUUCUCCGCCUGCCCCAGCAAGCCGGCCUUCUUCCGGAACAUCAUGAACAUCAUUGACCUGGUGGCCAUCUUCCCUUACUUCAUCACCUUGGGCACCGAGCUGGCGCAGCGACACGAGCCCGUGAGCGCAGGCGCCGGCCAGAACGGGCAGCAGCAGGCCAUGUCCCUGGCCAUCCUCAGGGUCAUCCGCCUGGUCCGGGUGUUUCGCAUCUUCAAGCUCUCUCGUCACUCCAAGGGGCUGCAGAUCCUGGGCAAGACCUUGCAGGCGUCCAUGAGGGAGCUGGGGCUGCUCAUCUUCUUCCUCUUCAUCGGAGUCAUCCUCUUCUCCAGCGCCGUCUACUUCGCCGAGGCCGACGACGACGAUUCGCUCUUCCCCAGCAUCCCCGAUGCCUUCUGGUGGGCGGUGGUCACCAUGACCACCGUGGGCUACGGAGACAUGUACCCCAUGACGGUGGGGGGCAAGAUCGUGGGCUCGCUGUGCGCCAUCGCCGGGGUCCUCACCAUCGCCCUGCCCGUUCCUGUCAUCGUGUCCAACUUCAAUUAUUUCUAUCACAGGGAGACCGAGCAGGAGGAGCAGGGCCAGUACACUCACGUCACUUGUGGACAGCCCGCACCAGACCUGAAGGCCACUGACAAUGGACUUGGCAAGCCGGACUUCUCUGAGGCCCUCCGGGAACGUCGGCCCAGCUACCUUCCCACACCACAUCGCGCCUAUGCCGAGAAAAGGAUGCUCACCGAGGUCUGACGGUGAGGGCCCCGGGCCUGCAAGGGAAAGGGGAGCUCCGAGCUAGCCACCUCUCGGGCUUCCUUCUCAUCCUCACCAGUCUUGUCCUAGCUCCAGCUUACUUCACACUCCCGCCCGCCACCCAGGACAUGACAUCCUGGGCCAAAUAAACUCCCGGAUCGUAGACCAUUGUUGCUUGACUCCCGCGUUCACGGAUUUAGCCAACUAAGUGUCAUUUUAGAAAUCUCAACGGUGCCACUCAAUCAUGCCCAUCUCUCACGUGGGUGAGAUAUGCAUCCUCUCAGACCUUCUCCCUAGACUGAUUUUUUCUUCCCCCAAGCCUGGUACUUGUAAUAUUUCUAGGAGUGAUGACGUCACAAGGACGGAAGCCAGCCACACACCUGGGUCCACCCUUCCUUGAGUUCCCUUGGCUCUGGGGCCAUGCGUCUUUCUGAGCUUCUGGCCACUUGGUCCCUGGUGGAAGCCGGGGGAUGGAAGUAGUACAUAGCUUGCCAUUUAGUCCAGAGCCCUGUGCCGUCUGAGCUCACCUGGCAGGGGCCCUGCGUAGAGCUGGCUAGCUCUCACCCUCAAAGAUGCCCACGUGUGAUCUGGACGGAACCAGAGAAGAUGCAAUUCACCUGGACCACGCGAAGGACGUGAGGGUCAGGCGUGAACCUGAGGGGGGGCCAAUGGAUUCUUCCCAGCGUGGCCUGGCCCAGGAGACGCCUGGCUGCCCUUUGGGCCGCAUUCUCCUCUCCACUCUGAUCCCUUUCUCUCUUGAGCUUCCGGGAAUGCUCCUUCUCAGAGCCUGAUACUCUGUGUAAGUGCCUUCCUGCGCCCAGGAACUGGAAAAGACAACCACAGAGUCAGACAGGCUGGACAGAGGUCAGUGACUACCGAGCGCACACACAGGUGACACAGGUGCCCCUUGGGGCAGAGGGACACUGCUGCAGAUGGCAGUCUGCUCUCCAUCAGCUUCCCCCAUCCUCACUUUGCCUUCCUGGGAAUCUGGCCUUGGUUUGCAUCUAAAGGCUUUCCAAACCCUCCCAGUUUUCAACCUGCAGACAGGUGAGUGUGCGCACUGGACACUAUUCUACGUUUCUUCACAGGCCGUGGCAUGUGGGCUCGUGACGGGAAUAAACGGUCUCUUGGCUGACAAGCCCCGCUCUUAGGAGGUGUUGCUGAGCCAAGCAGACGUUAGCCAGCUCUGUCCCUUUCCCGGAGCUCCAGCUGCUCUGAGCGAUAAGGGAACUCCGCAGUUCCCACCUGGACCAAGCCAUCUUCCUCCCUGUAAGCCUCCCCCCACCCCACCGCUGCUCUCUGCCCUGUGUACCCCUCCCCUGAUACCACUGCCAUCCGGUCUUUCCCCUUCGAAUAACUAACUGUGACGUGCUGGUCUCAGCAUCUAUGGGUGCAGCCCUGAAACCGAAAGGACUGUUAACACGUUUUUAAUCUUAUAUCUAUGCUUUAAGGCUCUUUGAUGGGAAUAAAUUUAAGCAGAUUAUUUUCUCAAAGAGUAAACUUAUGGGGGACGGCCCUCGAGGGGUGAACUUGAGAGGCAAGCGUGGCUUCUGUGGGUGCUGGGACACAGUCUGGAUUUUGCCACAGCUUUACAGGGUUAACUUUGACGUCAUAGUCCCUCUUUGUGCCUCAGUUUUCCGACCCAUUAAAUGGGAACAUUGAUGUCUUCCCCCUCCCUACCUCAUGGGGAAUUGGUAAUAAACUCACCCAGGGAGGCAGGGGAGACGCUAUGCAAAUGUACGGAUUAUGGCAAUGGGUUUGACAUUCAGUCCGUUAUCCUGCCUCCCUGUCUCCCAGAGAGGCAAGGCCUUCUCCCAGAAAUUUCUGCCUUGGAUCCAAAGCCGGAGAAUCGAUGGUUAUGGACCUGUAGCGCCCUAACUCUUCCUUGGUUUCCCCAGGCUGGGCCUCCAUCUUUUCGCUUACCCUUCAGGAUGGAGGGUCCCAACAUAGGCCUUGUGUGUGUGUGUGGGGGGGGGGGUUUCCUUCCCAUACUGGAGGUCGCUUUGACUGGGAGCUCCCGACCUUGACAGGGUAGGAGGCAGAGGUGUUUGUGAUUCCAAAACCUAUGCCAAAGCCAGAACAUGUUAUUUUUCCCAAUCUUUUCAGUUACUCCCAAGCCCACCCUAGUGGCCAAAGGGAUGCCCUUGGCUGAGGGGCACUAUGGGGCCAUGCAUGCAUGAGUGAGUGUGUGUGCGUGUGUGUGUGUGUGUGUGUGUGAUCCUCAUCGUUGUCCCUGUCCUUAAGCAAACAUUGCCUUGUCAAGUCAGAACAUGCCUGAAAGUACAAGGUUUGUGGAGAGUCAGGCUCUCCGGGGACUCUGGUUGCCGUAGCAACCUUCCAGACUGUUCUAUCUUCUGGUUUGGGCAUCAAGGGAGAACAGACUACAGAUUCCCAGCUUCUCAAAUGGGAGCACCCCUUUCCUGUCGGUGUAGAGGUUGGAGGAACCCAGGACAAGGACUCAAGGACCUUGGAGGGUGUGGAGGACAUGAGUCCGUUAACACUUCUUCCCUGGACUUUUCUGCAUGGUUCCCCACCGGGUCCUUGAAGCUGCCUCACCUUAGCGACACCCCCCCCCAAAUCUUCAGAAACUCUGAUGCUAAGAAACUGUCCAAUUAAGCAGACAUCAACGGGUGACACUUUUCAGAAGGAGCCCUUGGAGUAAGGACGGCGUCUUCCUCCUGUGGCAGCCAGGCUAAGCUUCGAGGAGAGUGACACCAUUCUGAGGUGUCAUAGCAGUUUUUUACCCCCUCAUAUACGGGCUCUUCCCAGCUCUAAGCCAGACUACGAAGGCAGAAACUGCAACACUGUGGCCCAACUUAGUUUCGGUGAAGACCACCCCCCCCGCCUGACUCUAAGCUGCCACUCUGUGACCCGGGAGAGAGACCGUGUCCACUGCUGCAAUGGCUGCGGUGGGAUCCCAGCGGCCAGGGGAGGCGAAGUCCCAGCCGUCAGGAUAAAUGACCCGAGCCAGCGGGGCCUCCCAGAGGACCUCGUGGGACUGCCAGCCUCAGCCUGGAGUGAGGAUGUUCUGCCUGCCAAGCAGCCAGCCCCAGAGGAGCAAGGGACAGCUGGCCAUCUUUGCACCUGAGGGACCCGCAUCCUGCUGCUGAGUGUGGUCUCCGCCUCUGACAAGACUCUUCCUGUCCCAGACUCUUUCGAGACUUCUCACCUCUCUGCCCGGCUGAGUGGAGCGUCACUGGUGAACAUCACCUCCCUUACCUUCUAGCUUCACGAAGCUUUUGAGAAAAUCUGAUGCCAUUUUGAUGACUGAAUUCCAUGGUUCUGGUAGAAACGCUGCUCUCUGGUCCACUCGAGGAGACCCGUGCAUACCUCUCUGACAGCAGUUGGACAGAGAAGACUUGACCCUCAACGUCUCUAGAAGACGGAACCCCCACCCUGGGUGACGCGGCCUGGCACCCUCUUGGUAGCCUUCUGCAAAUGGCAACCAGGACCGAGAAGGCUGAGACAGGUUCCUCCGGAGUCAAAGAUGGGGUUCUCUGUGUAUCGGGGUGAGGCCACAGGAGGCGGGCGAGAGUUGAUGGUGUGAUCAACAGAGACAAGGUGUGGGGAGCGCCGGGAAUCACAGGGACGCGCAGGUGGCUGUGGAAGAGUAACCAAUAAAUAAAUGACAGAG